AUGUCUACAGCGAGUCCACCCGACGCCUUCAGGCUCGGCAGGCUCCGCCUCGUCCGCCUCCCUCCCUCGCGUCUGCACCUCGUCGCCGGCUCGAGGAAACCGCACACCGUCCCAGUCGAGUUGGCGGCCGCCGUGACGGACGACUACGGCGUCGACCUCGACUUUGACCAGCUGCACAUCAAGAUCGACCUCCUCGAGGCGGGCACCCUCGAGCCGCCGUCGGGCAUCACCCUCUCGCUCGACGGCUCGCUCCCGACCACCUCUCGCGCGCCCUCGACCUCGGCAACCUUCGCCUUUCAGCCCGCCCGUGGCCCCUUCCACACCCUCAAGCUCGCCCUCACCUUUGCGCCCUCCUCCUCGAACCACCCCGUCCGUCCCCUCUGCUUCCGCCUCUCGGUCUCGCCAGAUCCGUCCCUCUCGCCGCCCCCGAACGAGCCCGCCGCGUCCGCCGCCACCGCCGCCAUCCGCAGCAUCAUCGGCGAGCCGACCCAGAUCCCGAACGAGACGUGGGACGGCCAGAGCUACGUCUUCCUCGGCGUCACGAGCGGUCAAGUCGCGGUCGAGCUGGGCAAGGGCGGCAAAGGGCCGCAGGACAAAGUCCAGUCCGCCCUGCGCUUCAUCCACCUCCCACCGCCUGCGGCCGACGACUCGACCUCGGAUCCCUCACCCACAUCGACACCCUUCACGAUCCUCGAGCGGCCUGGGCUCAACAACUCGACUGGCCAGCGCCUGUGGGACUGUGCCCUCGGCCUCACCGCCUUCCUCUCGCUCCACCCCUCGGCGCUCGACGCCUCCACCCCACUCGCCAACCUUCCUCGACCCGACAACGACGUGCCGCGACCCUCGAAAAAGCCGCGCCUCGAUCCCGUCGAGCGCAGCACCAAGCGUCGCAGGGUCCGCGUCGUCGAGCUCGGCGCCGGGUGCGCCCUCGCGUCGCUCGCCGCCGCGAGCGUCCUGCGCACGAUGGACGGCGUCGACGCGUCGGUGCUCGCGACCGACAUCGAGGCGACGGUCGACACGACGCUGCGCGAGAACCUCGAGCUCAACGCGCGGCAGCGGCGGCGGCGGCGAGAGGGCGAGGGCGCGGUCGAGGUGCGGGCGGGCGUGCUCGACUGGGGCGAGCUUGCGCCGGCGCAGAUCGACGAGGUCGUCGACGACGCCGAGAGCGUCACGCUCGUCGGGACCGACAUCCUGUACAACCCGUCGUCGCACAACCUCCUCCUCUCGACCCUCCUCUCCGUCCUCCGCCGCCCGCCGUCCUCCUCCUCCUCUCCUCGCGACGACGCCUCGACACCUCGACAUCGUCGCGCCCUCAUCGCCUACAAGCGGCGCACGGACGGCGACGACGCCUUCUUCUCGCUCGCGCGCGAGGCUGGACUCGACGUGCGGCACGUGUGGGCGUGGGGCGAGGUCGGCGUGUGGGCGUUCGCGUAGCGCCGACGACGUUCGACGUGGAGUGCAACGCUGAGCGAGCGUCGGCAGGGCAAAAAA